AUGAGGAGAUCGUGGACGUAUUUGGCUAUGACGGUGAAUCAAAAGAGGAAACAGACCACCAUUGAGGAUUUCUUUGGUGCCAAAAAGACUGCUACUGGGACACCCAGUAAGAAAGCUAAGACGAGCGCCACUUUUACGAGCGUGACAAAAGAUGCAGUUACGAAGAUUGAAACAAAGGACGUCGUAAAGGAGGCCACUGCUAGCAAAGAUCUUGUGAAUUCAGAUGUUAAAGGUGAUUUUUCAGGACAUUUAAGCACGAAUUUGCGUGACUUACUAUCAUUAGAGAUCAACACAAUCGAUGAUUCGUGGUUCCCACACUUGAUGGAUGAAUUCAAAAAGCCAUACUUUGUGAAGUUAAAACAGUUUGUCACUAAAGAACAGACUGAUCACACCGUAUUCCCGCCACCUAAUGACAUUUACUCGUGGAGCCGGCUGACACCAUUCAAUAAGGUUAAAGUCGUGGUUAUCGGCCAGGACCCAUAUCAUAACCAUAACCAGGCACAUGGUUUGGCGUUUAGCGUCAAACCCCCCACGCCAGCCCCACCUUCUUUGAAGAACAUAUAUAAAGAACUGAAGCAAGAGUAUCCUGAUUUUGUUCAGGAUAAUAAAGUCGGAGAUUUAACGCACUGGGCUUCACAAGGUGUUCUAUUGCUUAACACGUCAUUGAGUGUGAGGGCGCACAAUGCAAACUCACAUUCUAAGCAUGGAUGGGAAACGUUCACGAAAAGAGUUGUCCAACUGUUGCUCCGGGACAGAGAAGCUGACGGGAAAAGUUUGGUGUUUCUCUUAUGGGGGAAUAAUGCCAUUAAGCUAGUAGAGUCUUUGUUGGGUUCCACUUCCGUGGGAGCUAGUAGUAAGUAUCCGAAUAUCAUGGUGUUGAAGUCGGUACAUCCAUCUCCACUAAGUGCAAGUAGGGGUUUUUUUGGUACUAAUCAUUUUAAAAAGAUCAACGAUUGGCUAUAUAAUGCUCGAGGAGAAAAAAUGAUAGAUUGGAGCGUAGUUCCUGGAACGUCUCUAAAGGAAGUUGAAGAGGCAAAUGCGCGACUGGAGCCAAACUCAGAAGAGCUUUAA